AUGUCAUUCUUCCCUGUAAUACGAUCCAAGGCCUACUGCCUGCUGCCUGUCCUCAUCCCCUCAUCCCAGCUCCUCUGGUCCUUUGAUGCUCCUGCCUCCCUCCCACCCCCCUCCCUCCUCCUCCCCCUCUUCCAGGCCCUCCAGACAGUUUCCAUGGAGACCACCGUGGGGAGUCAUAUAGUUUCCUCCAACCUCGUUGUCCAAUGACCAUGUCACAUCACCCUGCAGUGCACAGCCCAUCACAGACAGGAGAGAGGGGAGAGAGCCUAUUAGUUGUACCUGUACUAUACUCCACUGUUAUAAACUACAUGACCAAAGCAUGUGGACACCUGCUCGUCGAACAUCUCAUUCCAAAAUCAUGGGCAUUAAUAUGGAGUUGGUACCCCCUUUGCUGCUAUAACAGCAUCCACUCUUCUGGGAAGGCUUUUCACUAGAUGUUGGAACAUUGCUGCUGGGAUUUGCUUCCAUUCAGCCACGAGCAUUAGUGAGGUCGGGCACUGAUGUUGGGUGAUUAGGCCUGGCUCGCAGUCGGCGUUCCAAAGGUGUUCGAUGGGGUUGAGGUCAGGGCUCUGUGCAGGCCAGUCAAGUUCACUCCCUGUACUUCCCGACUCCCAGCGUACACGUUACAGAAUAACGCCUCGGGUUCAGGGAGUUCUUUGUUUUUGUUGGUGACGUCGGGUCCGGGUGCCGCUGCCGAAGCAACCGGGAUGCCUCAGCUGGCUCGAGAGGUUCACAAGCCUCGGUUGGCUCGGCAGGUUCCCAUGCCUCAGCCGGCUCGUCGGGCUCCCAUGCCUCAGCCGGCUCUACAGGUUCCCACGCCUCAGCAGAAGCGAUCGGCCCGCUCCUGGUCCCCGGGACCAUCCCUCUGGUCGGCGUCCUGCGGCUGGAGCUGCGCGUCAGGGAGGGGGUACUGUCACGUACAGUUGAAGUCAGAAGUUUACAUACACUUAGGUUGGAGUCAUUAAAACUCGUUUUUCAACCACUCCACUAAUUUCUUGUUAACAAACUAUAGUUUUGGCAAGUCGGUUAGGACAUCUACUUUGUGCAUGACACAAGUAAUCUUUCCAACAGUUGUUUACAGACAGAUUAUUUCACUUAUAAUUCACUGUAUCACAAUUCCAGUGGGUCAGAUGUUUACAUACACUAAGUUGACUGUGCCUUUAAACAGCUUGGAAAAUUCCUGAAAAUGAUGUCAUGGCUUUAGAAGCUCCUGAUAGGCUAAUUGACAUAAUUUGAGUCAAUUGGAGGUGUACCUGUGGAUGUAUUUCUAGGCCUACAUUCCAACGCAGUGCCUCUUUGCUUGACAUCAUGGGAAAAUCAAAAGAAAUCAGCCAAGACCUCAGAAAGAAAAUUGUAGACCUCCACAAGUCUGGUUCAUCCUUGGGAGCAAUUUCCAAACGCCUGAAGGUACCACGUUCAUCUGUACAAACAAUAGUACGCAAGUAUAAACACCAUGGGACCAAGCAGCCGUCAUACCACUCAGGAAGGGGACGCGUUCUGUCUCCUAGAGAUGAACGUACUUUGGUGCGAAAAGUGCAAAUCAAUCCCAGAACAACAGCAACAGACCUUGUGAAGAUGCUGGAGCAAACAGGUACAAAAGUAUCUAUAUCCACAGUAAAACGAGUCCUAUAUCGACAUAACCUGAAAGGCCGCUCAGCAAGGAAGAAGCCACUGCUCCAAAACCGCCAUAAAAAAGCCAGACUACAGUUUGCAACUGCACAUGGCGACAAAGAUCGUACUUUUUGGAGAAAUGUCCUCUGGUUUGAUGAAACAAAAAUAUAACUGUUUGGCCAUAAUGACCACCGUUAUGUUUGGAGGAAAAAGGGAGCUAUUUGCAAGCCGAAGAACACCAUCUCAACCGUGAAGCACGGGGGUGGCAGCAUCAUGCUGUGGGGGUUCUUUGCUGCAGGAGGGACUGGUGUACUUCACAAAAUAGAUGGCAACAUGAGGAAAGAAAAUUAUGUGGAUAUAUUGAAGCAACAUCUCAAGACAUCAGUCAGGAAGUUAAAGCUUGGUCGCAAAUGGGUCUUCCAAAUGGACAAUGACCCCAAGCAUACUUCCAAAGUUGUGGCAAAAUGGCUUAAGGACAACAAAGUCAAGGUACUGGAGUGGCCAUCACAAAGCCCUGACCUCAAUCCUAUAGAAAUUAUGUGGGCAGAACUGAAAAAGUGUGUGCGAGCAAGGAGGCCUACAAACCUGACUCAGUUACACCAUCUCUGUCAGGCGGAAUGGGCCAAAAUUCACCCAAGUUAUUGUGGGAAGCUUGUGGAAGGCUACCCGACACGUUUGACCCAAGUUAAACAAUUUAUAGGCAAUGCUACCAAAUACUAAUUGAGUGUAUGGAAAGUUCUGACCCACUGGGAAUGUGAUGAAAGAAAUAAAAGCUGAAAUAAAUCAUUCUCUCUACUAUUAUUCUGACAUUUCACAAUCUUAAAAUAAAGUGGUGAUCCUAACUGACCUAAGACAGGGAAUGUUUACUCGGAUUAAAUGUCAGGAAUUGUGAAAAACUGAGUUUAAAUGUAUUUGGCUAAGGUAUAUGUAAACUUCCGACUUCAACUGUAUACUCCCUCUCCAGCGUUCGAGGUCGCCAGUCUGCUCAUUAUUACGCACACCUGCCACCAUCGUUACGCGCACCUGCGCCUCAUAAGACUCACCUGGACUCCAUCACCUUCCUGAUUACCUCCCCUAUAUACAGUGGGGAAAAAAAGUAUUUAGUCAGCCACCAAUUGUGCAAGUUCUCCCACUUAAAAAGAUGAGAGAGGCCUGUAAUUUUCAUCAUAGGUACACGUCAACUAUAUAUAGGUGGUUGUCACGCCCGGAGCCGGAUCCGCCUCCGAGGCGGAAUGCCCACCCGGCCCCUGUUAAGUAAAGGUUGUGCGGUCGGAGUCCGCACCUUUGGGGGGGGUACUGUCAUGCCCUGACUCUGGGGACUCUUAUUUGUUGAGUCAGGGUGUGAUUUUCUAUGUGGUGUAGAUCUAUGUUUAUAGUCUAGUAUGUCUAGAUCUAUGUUGGCCGGUAUGGUUCCCAAUCCGAGGCAGCUGUCGCUCGUUGUCUCUGAUUGGGGACCAUACUUAGGCAGCCUAUUGGCACUAGUGGGUGGUGGGAUCUUAUUCCGUAUAAGGUAUGUUGUUUGUGUCUACCUUGGACUUCACGUUUAGUUUCGUUUAUUGUUUUGUCGAGUGUUUAUUAAGUUUAAAUAAAGAUGUAUGCAUAUCACGCUGCGCCUUGGUCUGACCCGUCCUUCAACGAACGUGACAUAUUGACCAAAUACUUAUUUUCCACCAUAAUUUGCAAAUAAAUUCAUUAAAAAUCCUACAAUGUGAUUUUCUGGAGAAAAAAAAUUCUCAAUGUGUCUGUCAUAGUUGACGUGAACCUAUGAUGAAAAUUACAGGCCUCUCUCAUCUUUUUAAGUGGGAGAACUUGCACAAUUGGUGGUUGACUAAAUACUUUUUUUCCCCACUGUAUGUCACUCCUUUUGGUUCCUUCCCUAGGCGUUAUUGAUUCUGUUCCUGUGUUUCAUGUCUGUACGCUACUCCUGUUUCUUGUUUCAUUUAUUAUUAAAUUCACUCCCUGUACUUGCUUCCCGACUCCCAGAGUACACGUUACAGAAUAACACGGUACUCUCUCCUCUCUUUCUCUCUGCUCUCUUUCUCUCUCAUCCUUACACCUUGUCAUGUUUCCAUCCUGAAGCAAAACCAUUCCCUCCCUUCCGUGUUUACUUCAAACCUCUCUCUCUCUCUCUCUCGGCUCUCUGCUCUCUAGUCCUCUCGUCUCUAUCGAUCUCUCUCUCUCUCGAUCUAGGCUCGCGCUCUCUCCUCUGCUCUGCUCUCUCUUCUCCCUCUCUCUCUCUCUCUCCCCACAGCAGCAUCAUGCCCCUGUCUCCCACGCCACAGAAAGUCUGUUAUGUUGUUACAGCAAAUCUGCUGUGUGGCAUGUUUGGCGUGUGUUAGCAUUAGUCAGUGUCUUUAUACAUUAAUAAAAGCCCUGUGACGCUUCUCUGUCACAGAGUUUCAUCUGUUCCCUGUGUACGGCAGCAUAGUCUCUGGGCUGAGAGCUUUUGGUGCUAUUGAGUGUUAACACACACACACAAAAACACAGGCACGCUCGCACACACACAUACACAACACAUACAGUGGGGGAAAAAAGUAUUUAGUCAGCCACCAAUUGUGCAAGUUCUCCCACUUAAAAAGAUGAGAGAGGCCUGUAAUUUUCAUCAUAGGUACACGUCAACUAUGACAGACAAAUUGAGAUUUUUUUUCUCCAGAAAAUCACAUUGUAGGAUUUUUUAUGAAUUUAUUUGCAAAUUAUGGUGGAAAAUAAGUAUUUGGUCACCUACAAACAAGCAAGAUUUCUGGCUCUCACAGACCUGUAACUUCUUCUUUAAGAGGCUCCUCUGUCCUCCACUCGUUACCUGUAUUAAUGGUACCUGUUUGAACUUGUUAUCAGUAUAAAAGACACCUGUCCACAACCUCAAACAGUCACACUCCAAACUCCACUAUGGCCAAGACCAAAGAGCUGUCAAAGGACACCAGAAACAAAAUUGUAGACCUGCACCAGGCUGGGAAGACUGAAUCUGCAAUAGGUAAGCAACUUGGUUUGAAGAAAUCAACUGUGGGAGCAAUUAUUAGGAAAUAGAAGACAUACAAGACCACUGAUAAUCUCCCUCGAUAUGGGGCUCCACGCAAGAUCUCACCCCGUGGGGUCAAAAUGAUCACAAGAACGGUGAGCAAAAAUCCCAAAACCACACGGGGGGACCUAGUGAAUGACCUGCAGAGAGCUGGGACCAAAGUAACAAAGCCUACCGUCAGUAACACACUACGCCGCCAGGGACUCAAAUCCUGCAGUGACAGACGUGUCCCCCUGCUUAAGCCAGUACAUGUCCAGGCCCAUCUGAAGUUUGCUAGAGUGCAUUUGGAUGAUCCAGAAGAGGAUUGGGAGAAUGUCAUAUGGUCAGAUGAAACCAAAAUAGAACUUUUUGGUAAAAACUCAACUCGUCGUGUUUGGAGGACAAAGAAUGCUGAGUUGCAUCCAAAGAACACCAUACCUACUGUGAAGCAUGGGGGUGGAAACAUCAUGCUUUGGGGCUGUUUUUCUGCAAAGGGACCAGGACGACUGAUCCGUGUAAAGGAAAGAAUGAAUGGGGCCAUGUAUCGUGAGAUUUUGAGUGAAAACCUCCUUCCAUCAGCAAGGGCAUUGAAGAUGAAACGUGGCUGGGUCUUUCAGCAUGACAAUGAUCCCAAACACACCGCCCGGGCAACGAAGGAGUGGCUUCGUAAGAAGCAUUUCAAGGUCCUGGAGUGGCCUAGCCAGUCUCCAGAUCUCAACCCCAUAGAAAAUCUUUGGAGGGAGUUGAAAGUCCGUGUUGCCCAGCGACAGCCCCAAAACAUCACUGCUCUAGAGGAGAUCUGCAUGGAGGAAUGGGCCAAAAUACCAGCAACAGUGUGUGAAAACCUUGUGAAGACUUACAGAAAACGUUUGACCUCUGUCAUUGCCAACAAAGGGUAUAUAACAAAGUAUUGAGAAACUUUUGUUAUUGACCAAAUACUUAUUUUCCACCAUAAUUUGCAAAUAAAUUCAUUAAAAAUCCUACAAUGUGAUUUUCUGGAGAAAAAAAAUCUCAUUUUGUCUGUCAUAGUUGACGUGUACAUAUGAUGAAAAUUACAGGCCUCUCUCAUCUUUUUAAGUGGGAGAACUUGCACAAUUGGUGGCUGACUAAAUACUUUUUUUCCCCACUGUACAAAGACACACACAAACACACACACACACACACACACACACACCACACAUAUCCUACCAUUCCUCCCUGACUCACUGUGGAUUCAUGUUUCUCUCUACGCCCGCCAUCCCAACUCCAAAGCUUCUCCCCCUCACUGCUUACUUCAGCAGAAACUACACAUGUAAGAAAUCCUUCACAUACAGACAGAGCACCACCAGCAACAGGCUCUCUCACUGUGUUCCCUGUGACGGGAAAACUAACAAUCCACACAACUCCUACCAGCUAAGUUAUUGUAGUACUGAAGUACUAGUUCUCAAGAACAUCAUAGACAGAGUUUGAACAACAACCACGUAAAGAUCAUCCCAAUCCCCAGGAGAUAAAUCGCAGCCCCUCCAGAACAAAUAAGUAGACAAAUUGAAUAAAAAGCCUGUUAAAGCAUUGUGCUCCAGCUAAUUAAUCCCUAGGCUUGUGGUUGUGGACUGACUUACUGCUGCCUUUAUCUCUAGGAAGAAUGUGCCCUCCUCGCGUGUUGCUUUAACUCAGAGAGCCUACUGGAGAAUGCUACUGCUUUGCUAAUGUUUUCUCCUCCUCCUUCUCCCUGCUUGCCUGCUUUUCCAUCCGUUGCAUAAAUAUUUAUUCAGCAUUAGGAGAGAGAGAGGAGUUAGAGAGGAGUGUUGUCUGGUAAAGGUGUUAAAUCCUCCUGUGUGUUGUAGAGCUGGUGGGAGUGAUUAAUGCCAGGCUAACGGCAGCUUAGAGAGAAGGAGAGGAGGACUUAAACACCAACACUAAAACUAAACACUCACGUCUGUAGGAAAAAGCCUGGAAACCAAUAUGUAUUCCUACCUCUCUGUCCCUCUCUAUUUCCCUCUCUAUUUCCCUCUCUAUUUUUCUUCUUCUUCCACUUCUUCUUCUUCUUCUUUCUCUCACGCACUCUCUCUCUCUGUCUCUUGUUUCUCUUUUUAUUCAGUCCUUGCCAACCCUAUAACUAUAUUGUACAUACUGUACAUACUACAGGUAACUGCCAAAAUAAUGGAAACACUAGAGUAAAUUAGAGAUACAAAGUAUAUUGAAAGCAGGUGCUUCCACACAGCUGUGGUUCCUGAGUUAAUUAAGCAAUUAACAUCCUAUCAUGCUUAGGGUAAUGUAUAAAAAUGCUGGGCAUGCCAUUAUUUUGGCUACCAUGGUUAUGCCCCCAUAGGAUGACAAUGUACCCAUCCACAGGACACGAGUGGUCACUGAAUGCUUUGAUGAGCAUGAAAACGAUGUAAACCAUAUGCCAUGGCCGUCUCAGUCACCAGAUCUCAACCCAAUUUAACACUUAUGGGAGAUUCUGGAGCGGCGCUUGAGACAGCGUUUUCCAACACUAUCAACAAACUAACCCUCCAGUAGAGUUCCAGACACUUGUAGAAUCUAUGCCAAGAUGCAUUGAAGCUGUUCUGGCUCGUGGUGGCCCAGCGCCCUAUUAAGAGACUUUAUGUUGGUGUUUCCUGACAGUUACCUGUAUAUUUCCAUUACCCAUUUGUGUUGUACUGUAGUCAGCUCAUAAAGCAGACUUGUGUGUAAUUCCCUGUGUGCAGAUCCUUUAUGCAUCACAUAUUUAUAGAAGCAGUUUAUGACACACACUGUAAUCAGUCAGUAGGGCUUAGGUAAGCAGCUUUUAGGUAGCAGUUACUUUAGUCUUUACUGCUUUGAUGACUGCUUCGAUGACUGCAUCGUUGAACUCGGAGCAGCAGUAUGGAGUUUGUUGAGUACUGGUACCUCUCCUUUAUUCCUCUGUAGAAGUUCACAAUCUAUAUCAGAGGAUCAUUGACCUGCGUUUUUUUUUAGGUCUAGUGUGCUUGUGAUUGAUGAGCCACAUUGAAGUACAAUGCAGGCCAUGCAUCGGUCCUGUUAACCCUGACCAGACCCGGCGCCAGAACAAAUCAGUUGGACGGGCAUAGGAGGGCACGUUUUUUCACGGGACCUCCUAUGUGUGCACGCGCUUGCGAGUUCAUAUAUAUUUUAAUGGAUGUAGUAGUAAAGGCCAUAGGCAGCUCAUGAGUUUCAAGUUUGGUGAAGCUUACAAUUUGUUCUACCAUUUCCACCGAUCUGCGUGCUACUUAUUUUUAUAUGUGUAUUUUCGUUGAACAGUUUCAUUUUAAUAAUAAAGUUUUUGUUUCUCAAAAUCAUUGUCACGUGGUUAAUCAUAAAAAUCUGAAGUAAAAUGAGCACUAACCUCUGCCAUAUGGACACAUUGAUACACUGUGAUCCACUGGCAGCUAAAGAAAUGAGAGCAUAGAACUCAGAGAUGCAGCAGUAGGCUUAUAACUUCCAUCGUCAACUAAGUGAAAUACAUAGGCCUAAAUACAUAGGCCUUAAGCAGUAGAAAAUAUCCAGAUGAAAAUUCUGGUUCUUUCAAUCACAUUCAUCUCUCUUGUCUGCCCGUCUGCCUCCCUUUCUAUAUGUCUUGACUUGAGCUAUUGCUAGUGAAGUGCAACAUUGUAUCAAAUCAUCACUAGCGAACUUACAACAUUGUAUCAACUAGACUAUUCCGGGCCCUCAUGGUUUCUUGUGCCAGUGAGCUCGGGACAGAAAUAUAUUUGUAAAAUAUUAUUCUACUUCUUCUUCUUCUUCUAUGGUAUAUUGGCGAUUGCACAAUUUAAUGUACUGUGCGGGAUGGAAACAGGAUUCCCCCAAAAAACUGAACAAACUACCAAAGAAUUAUAAUAAUACCAAACUACAAAAAAUUAAAUAAACCAAAUCAAACAGCUUUACUGUUUACAAAAUAAAACAGAUCUGAUCCCUACACAGGCCCAAGGGGAGCCUGGGAGGGCAGGCCGUCUUCCGGCCCUAGUACCCCUUGCAAGUCCCAAAAGCGUUUCUGCCGCAGCCACAAUAAUGUCCAGUUACUUAGAAUUCUUUGAGACUUGAACCGUACAGUUUAUAACUGUGGCAAUGAAUGCCACAAAAUCCACCUUUUUAACACACAGGGUAUCUUUUGACUGGCAACAAACAUUUGCAUCCACUACCAUAUCUUCACUAGCAUCACUUGUUUUCUCAAUUAUUUUAAUCACCUCCGCAUAGGAGAUGAAAUUUGUUUUUUAAGACGUUUCCACUGGAUAAAUGGGAUCAUCAGAUCAUGAUAUUUUGCUCUUUCUCACGGCUUGGUGAUUAUCGAGGCUGGAAGUGUUGGACAGAUUUUUCAAAUAGCCUACUGAGGAACUAUAUAAUUCGCAAUGGAUGUUAAAAAACAGACUUUGUUGACUUGUGUGAGGCGAAGAAAAAAUUAGUGGUGUAUAUGGUGAGUUAAGACAAUCAGAAAUAAGACAUUGCCAAUGGGCACAUUCCUACAUAUGCUUGGAUUCUGGAGAGAGAUGCACCAUAUCUUCGCCACUCCCCCCCCCCCUCCCCUUCUUCUACACAUUGUCUUUACACAUAUUUGAGACACUUUUCACUGACAGCCACAACUUAAUCAGCUAGACCUAUUGCCAUGCGCACUACCCAAACACACUUGUUUGAAACAAUCCACAGCAAAAAAUAAUAAUAAUAAACUAAUGAUCCUAUGUGGCUAAGUCAUGCUCCCUAGUGAAGUAUUUUGAAUGAUUUUAUUUAGACAGGAGUAAUUAUAUAAUGUUGGCGAAACAUCAAUUUACUUUAGGGUAAUCCAGAUUCCUAACAGUGCACUGUGCAAUCGCCAACUUUCCUUUCCAAUUCGCAAGAGGCUGAAACCAGAGUUCGGUAUAUAAUAACGAGAUACUCAUGUUUCCGCCCUAACAAUGGGAGUCUUUGCCCCAAAGGCGGGAUGGCUUUGGUCUGAAUAUUGGAGAAAGCAUCUGAGCGAACGAAACAGCGCCCCUCUAUAUGUAGCCCACGUACAGUGCAUUCGGAAAGUAUUCAGACCCCUUCCCUUUUUCCACAUUUUGUUAUGUUACAGCCUUAUUCUAAAAUGUAUUAAAUAAAUACAAAUCCUCAUCAAUCUACAUAAUGACAAAUCGAAAAACAGGUUUUUAGAUUUUAAAAAAUAUAAGUAUUGCAAUGGGCAAUGGGAGAACCUUCCAGAAGGACAACCAUCUCUGCAGCACUCCACCAAUCAGGCCUUUAUGGUAAAGUGGCCAGACGGAAGCCACUCCUCAGUAAAAGGCACAUGACAGCCCACUUGGAGUUUGCCAAAAGGCACCUAAAGAACUCUCAGACCAUGAGAAACAAGAUUCUCUGGUCUGAUGAAACCAAGAUUGAACUCUUUGGCCUGAAUGUCAAGCGUCACGUCUGGAAGACACCUGGCACCAUCCCUACGGUGAAGCAUGGUGGUGGCAGCAUCAUGCUGUGGGGAUGUUUUUCAGUGGCAGGGACUGGGAGACUAGUCAGGAUCGAGGGAAAGAUGAACGGAGCAAAGUACAGAGAGAUCCUUGAUGAAAACCUGCUCCAGAGUGCUCAGGACCUCAGACUGGGGCGAAAGUGCAGCGAUCUGACAGAGCUUGAGAGGAUCUGCAGAGAAGAAUGGGAGAAACUCUCCAAAUACAGGUAUGCCAAGCUUGUAGCAUCAUACCCAAGAAGACUCUAGGAUGUAAUCGCUGCCAAAGGUGCUUCAACAAAGUACUGAGUAAAGGGUCUGAAUACUUAUGUAAAUGUGAUAUUUAUGUUUUUAAUUUUUUAUAAAUUCGUUCAUCGUUCAUCAUCGUUCAAAUUCGUUCAUCAUUAUGGGGUAUUGUGUGUAGAUUGAUGAGGGGAAAAAACGAUUUAAUCCAUUUUAGAAUAAGGCUGUAACGUAACAAAAUGUGGAAAAAGUCAAAGGGUCUGAAUACUUUCCGAAUGCACUGUAUCUGAUGCUGUCUGGCCAGAAAUAAUAUGACAUGCCAUACUCUUUUGGUCCAGACAGCAUCAGAUACAUGGUCUACACCAGGGUUCCCCAACUGGCGGCCCGCGGGCUAAAUAGUUUAUAUACACUACCGGUCAAAAGUUUUAGAACACCUACUCAUUCAACAUUUAUUCUUUUUUUAAACUAUUUUCUACAUUGUAGAAUAAUAGUGAAGACAUCAAAACUAUUAAAUAACACAUAUGGAAUCAUGUAGUAACCAAAAAAGUGUUAAACAAAUCAAAAUAUAUUUUAUAUUUGAGAUUCUUCAAAUAGCCACCCUUUGCCUUGAUGACAGCUUUGCACACUCUUGGCAUUCUCUCAACCAGCUUCACCUGGAAUGCUUUUCCAACAGUCUUGAAGGAGUUCCCACAUUUUCUGAGCACAUGUUGGCUGCUUUUCCUUCACUCUGCGGUCCGACUCAUCCCAAACCAUCUCAAUUUGGUUGAGGUCAGGGGAUUGUGGAGGCCAGGUCAUCUGAUGCAGCACUCCAUCACUGUCCUUCUUGGUAAAAUAGCCUUUACACAGCCUUGAGGUGUGUUGGGUCAUUGUCCUGUUGAAAAACAAGUGAUAGUCCCACUAAGCCCAAACCAGAUGGGAUGGCAUAUCGCUGCAGAAUGCUGUGGUAGCCAUGCUGGUUAAGUGUGCCUUGAAUUCUAAAUAAAUCACAGACAGUGUCACCAGCAAAGCACCCCCACACCAUAACACCUCCUCCUCCAUGCUUUACGGUGGGAAAUACUCAUGCAGAGAUCAUCCGUUCACCCACAUGCGUCUCACAAAGACACAGCGGUUGGAGCCAAAACUCUCCAAUUUGGACAAAUUUCCACCGGUCUAAUGUCCAUUGCUCAUGUUUCUUGGGCCAAACAAGUCUCUUCUUCUUAUUGGUGUCCUUUAGAAGUGGUUUCUUUGCAGCAAUUCGACCAUGAAGGCCUGAUUCACACAUUCUCCUCUGAACAGUUGAUGUUGAGAUGUGUCUGUUACUUGAACUCUGUGAAGCAUUUAUUUGGGCUACAAUUUUUGAGGCUGGUAACUCUAAUGAAUUUAUCCUCUGCAGCAGAGGUAACUCUGGUUCUUCCAUUCCUGUGGCGGUCCUCAUGAGAACCAGUUUCAUCAUAGCGCUUGAUGGUUUUUGCGACUGCACUUGAAGAAACUCCCCCCACCUUGUCACAACACAACUGAUUGGCUGAAAUGCAUUAAGAAGGAAACAAAUUCCACAAAUUCACUUUCAAGAAGGCACACCUGUUAAUUGACAUGAUUCCAUAUGUGUUAUUUCAUCGUUUUGAUGUCUUCACUAUUAUUCUACAAUGUAGAAAAUAGUACAAAUAAAGAAAAACCCUAGAAUGAGUAGGUGUUCUAAAACUUUUGACCGGUAGUGUAGAUAUUUUUUUUGUUCAUUGUUGGACAUAAAAGACUGUAAAACACCAGGAAAUCAGCUCCAAGUAAUUUGAAUUUAAGAAAUCUGUUCCCAAGUAUUUCCACGCAUAAUAGAGAGACACGUGAUCGUAUACAAAUGUAAGCAAGGUUUGAAAUGAUUAUGUUUUAGUCAAACAUUAAAUCUGUUUGGGCUUCUUGUGGUCAAAUUGCAGUCUACAAAUUAUUUGUAACAUCCGCUCAAAAAGAAUCGCCCCGCAGCUGAAUCUAUACUGAACAGAAAUAUAAACGCAAUGUGUAAAGUGUUGGUCUGUCAUGUUCGUUGAGUAAAGGAUUGGACCAAGGUGCAGCGUGGUAUGCGUAUAUUCGUUUAUUAUAUUAAACACCGACAAAACAACAAAAGCAACGUAACGUGAAGUUCAAAACGCUAAACAUCCAACAAGCCAAACUGAAACAAGAUCCCACAACAUAGGUAGGCAAAAUGGCUACCUAAGUAUGAUCCCCAAUCAGAGACAACGAUUGACAGCUGCCUCUGAUUGGGAACCACACCCGGCCAACAUAGAUCUACACAUUCUAGAUCUACACAUAGAUAUUCACACCCUGACCAAACCAACUAGAGAUCUCUAUGUCAGGGCGUGACAUGGUCCCAUGUUUCAUGAGCUGAAAUAAAAGAUCCCAUAUUUUCCAUUUGCACAAAAAUAUUAUUUCUCUCAAAUGUUAUGCACAAAUUUGUUUACAUCCCUGUUAGUGAGCAUUUCUACAUUGCCAAGAUAAUCCAUCCACCUGACAGGUGUGGCAUAUUAAGAAGAUGAUUAAACAGCAUGAUCAUUACACAGGUGCACCUUGUGCUGGGGACAAUAAAAGGCCACUCAAAAAUGUACCAUUUUGUCACACAACACAAUGCCACAGAUUUCUCAAGUUUUAAGGGAGUGUGCAAUUGGCGUGCUGACUGCAGGAAUGUCCACCAGAGCUGUUGCCAGAGAAUUGAUGAGCCGCCUCCAACGUCGUUUUAGAGUUUGGUAGUACGUCCAACUGGCCUCACAACCGCAGACCACGUGUAACCACGCCAGCCCAGGACCUCCCAUGUCGCAAGGAUCUGUACACAAUUCCUGGAAGCAGAAAAUGUCCCAGUUCUUCCAUGGCCUGUAUACUCACCAGACAUUUCACCCAUUGAGCACGUUUAGGAUGGUCUGGAUUGACGUGUAUGACAGCUUGUUCCAGUUCCCGUCAAUAUCCAGCAGCUUUACACAGUCUUUCAUGAGGAGUGGGACAACAUUCCACAGGCCACAAUCAACAGCCUGAUCAACUCUAUGUGAAGGAGAUGUGUCGCGCUGCAUGAGGCAAAUGGUGGUCACACCACAUACUGACUGGUUUUCUGAUCCACACACCUACUUUUUUUUAAAGGUAUCUGUGACCAACAGAUGCAUAUCUAUAUUCCCAGUUAUGUGAAAUCCAUAGAUUAGUGCCUAAUUUAUUUAUUUCAAUUGACUGAUUUCCUUAUAUGAACUGUAACUCAGUAAAGUCUUUGAAAGUGUUGCAUGUUGCGUUUAUAUUUUUGUUCAAUGUAGCUGAUGAUCCCUGGUCUACACAUUCUGAGACAGGGGACGCUAUAUCACUCGCUCGGAUGCUUUAACUGAGAUUUAUGUGCCUUUCUGUUGGCGCGAGUCUCUGUCAAAUAAAUUAUCAAUAUUUCAAUAUUUUAUUUGGACGGGCAAGGAGGUAUGGUAGGGCGGGCCAUAACGCUGGCCUUGACCCUGACCUUGCCCUCUGCACAUUUUCUGUGCUGCACAUACAUCUGAGAUGUUUGAGUAAGAGACAGACAGACAGAAGAGAGAUGCUGUUUUAUGCAGUAUUGUGUUUUAAGACAGGCAGCUCCAGGGGCAGGCUGGAGAUUGAGCCGCUGUGGGUCCUGUCUAAACCACGACUCUGCAUAAACCGCAAGGAAAGCCGUCAAAUUGAUCUUCCUCUGGGUAUUUAUCGAGGCUAUUAAUGCUAAUGAAGAUUUGUGUUAUAAUAAUACACAUCGAGAGGGACACGUGCCGGGGCUCAGAGCAGAAGGCGGGCGGAUCGAGUGGGCUUCAAGUCUUUGCCGUCUCUCUGCCAGAGCUUGUUGUCGCUUUGAGCACGAUCCACCUCACUGGGGGUCUCGCAUCUGCAGGAGCUUAUCACUAAGUUUACAGGCAACUUGGCAGGGACUAGUCAAACAGAAUAAUGAAAUGCUGUCAAAUGACUCUGACUACAGCUCUCGGCCCAUAUGCUAUUGUCUCUGUUUGCCAAGUCUGUUCUGGGGGAAAGGUGAAAGCCCAUCUUGUCUUUGUGUGGCAGAAUAGGAACCUGUGUUGAUUCUCAUUCAACAUGCUUAAUUAGGGACGUGUUCCAGGAGCAAUCCUGGAAUCCGCUGUGUGGCGGAGGGAGGGAGUCCUAGCAUUGGAAAGCACUGCUUUCUUUUCUCUUUCUACAGUGAGGGAAAAAAGUAUUUGAUCCCCUGCUGAUUUUGUACGUUUGCCCACUGACAAAGAAAUUAUCAGUCUAUAAUUUUAAUGGUAGGUUUAUUUAAACAGUGAGAGACAGAAUAACAAUAAAAUCCAGAAAAAUGCAUGUCAAAAAUGUUAUAAAUUGAUUUGCAUUUUAAUGAGGGAAAUAAGUAUUUGACCCCUCUGCAAAACAUGACUUAGUACUUGGUGGCAAAACCCUUGUUGGCAAUCACAGAGGUCAGACGUUUCUUGUAGUUGGCCACCAGGUUUGCACACAUCUCAGGAGGGAUUUUGUCCCACUCCUCUUUGCAGAUUUUCUCCAAGUCAUUAAGGUUUCCAGGCUGACGUUUGGCAACUCAAACCUUCAGCUCCCUCCACAGAUUUUCUAUGGGAUUAAGGUCUGGAGACUGGCUAGGCCAUUCCAGGACCUUAAUGUGCUUCUUCUUGAGCCACUCCUUUGUUGCCUUGGCCGUGUGUUCUGGGUCAUUGUCAUGCUGGAAUACCCAUCCACAACCCAUUUUCAAUGCCCUGGCUGAGGGAAGGAGGUUCUCACCCAAGAUUUGACGGUACAUGGCCCCGUCCAUCAUCCCUUUGAUGCGGUGAAGUUGUCCUGUUCCCUUAGCAGAAAAACACCCCCAAAGCAUAAAGUUUACACCUCCGUGUUUGACGGUGGGGAUGGUGUUCUUGGGGUCAUAGGCAGCAUUCCUCCUCCUCCAAACACGGCGAGUUGAGUUGAUGCCAAAGAGCUCAAUUUUGGUCUCAUCUGACCACAACACUUUCACCCAGUUCUCCUCUGAAUCAUUCAGAUGUUCAUUGGCAAACUUCAGACGGGCCUGUAUAUGUGCUUUCUUGAGCAGGGGGACCUUGCGGGCGCUGCAGGAUUUCAGUCCUUCACGGCGUAGUGUGUUACCAAUUGUUUUCUUGGUGACAAUGGUCCCAGCUGCCUUGAGAUCAUUGACAAGAUCCUCCCGUGUAGUUCUGGGCUGAUUCCUCACCGUUCUCAUGAUCAUUGCAACUCCACGAGGUGAGAUCUUGCAUGGAGCCCCAGGCCGAGGGAGAUUGACUGUUCUUCUGUGUUUCUUCCAUUUGCUGUUGUCACCUUCUCACCAAGCUGCUUGGUGAUGGUCUUGUAGCCCAUUCCAGCCUUGUGUAGGUCUACAAUCUUGUCCCUGACAUCCUUGGAGAGCUCUUUGGUCUUGGCCAUGGUGGAGAGUUUGGAAUCUGAUUGAUUGAUUGCUUCUGUGGACAGGUGUCUUUUAUACAUAUUACUUCAACUACCUCAACUAGCCGGUGCCCCCACACAUUGACUCUGCACCGGUACCCCCCUGUAUAUAUAGCCAACCUACUGUUAUUUUAUUUUACUUCUGCUCUUUUUUUUCUCAACACUUUUUUUGUUGUUGUUUUAUUUUUACUUUUUUUGUUAAAAAUAAAUGCACUGUUGGUUAAGGGCUGUAAGUAAGCAUUUCACUGUAAUGUCUGCACCUGUUGUAUUCGGCGCAUGUGACCAAUACAAUUUGAUUUGAUUUGAUUUGAACAAACUGAGAUUAGGAGCACUCCCUUUAAGAGUGUGCUCCUAAUCUCAGCUCGUUACCUGUAUAAAAGACACCUGGGAGCCAGAAAUCUUUCUGAUUGAGAGGGGGUCAAAUACUUAUUUCCCUCAUUAAAAUGCAAAUCAAUUUAUAACAUUUUUGACAUGCGUUUUUCUGGAUUUUUGUUGUUGUUAUUCUGUCUCUCACUGUUCAAAUAAACCUACCAUUAAAAUUAUAGACUGAUCAUUUCUUUGUCAGUGGGCAAACGUACAAAAUCAGCAGGGGAUCAAAUACUUUUUUCCCUCACUGUCUCUCUCCCAAGCAGUCCCAGCAUGUCAACACACACACUCUCUCUCUCUCUCUCUCUCUCUCUCUCUCUCUCUCUCUCUCACACACACACACACACACACACACACACCACACACACACACACACACACACACACACACACACACACACACACAGACAUGUUAUGUUCUUCUAUCCUCAUGGGACCUAAAAUAUAUUUCCAUUCUAAAUCCUAUUAUCCCCAACCAUAAUCUUAACCCUUACCAUAACUUUCACACUAACCCUAACCUGAACCCUAAACCUAACCACUAACCCCUUACCUUACCCUAACCCUAAUUGUAAGCCUAAACCUAACCCCUAAACUUAAAAUAGCCUUUGUCCUCAUGGGGAUGUGGGAAAUGUCCCUACGAGGGAGAAUCUUCCUUAUUUUAAUAUCCUUGUGGGGACUUUUGGGGAUUUUAGGACCCCCCCCACACACACACACACACAAACUCCUUUAACCUUCCUUGCAUAUAACUGACAGCCUCCCAGGAUUAGCCCCUAUAGACAGCGCGCUAGCAUUGAGCCAUUAGACUAGGUACUCUGGUGAUCCAGUAUGUGCAGGCUGAGAGGCUGCUGUUAGACAGAGUGUUGGGGUCCUGGCCUCCUCUUCUCUAAUGGUCUCCCCAGUGGACCCUGGGCCUGUAAACAGAGGCUCUGAGCUCUCUAGUGCUGAUGGACUACCUGGCAGGCCCACCAAUAACAGAGCUCCACUCCUGACGGCCUCUGGCAGGCCCACCAAUAACAGAGCUCCACUCCUGACGGCCUGAACACGCAGCAGCUCGUUUCAGGUUAGGGAGCUACCUUGGGAGCUAGUUACAGCUACAUUCAGUAGAUACUACCAGGCCUAUUUGUAUAUGAGUGUGGUGUGCUAUCCCUCUGUCCCGCUCAUUCCCCUCUGCUCCCAUCCACAGUCCACAUACUGUACAUAUACAGCAGGUCUGUAAAGGUCUGUCCCAUUUUCAGGCUGGUAUCUAAUUGUGUGAGUCCUCUCCCUCUCCAGCUCUCUGCCAGCAGCUUGGUGGUAAAUGUCACAUCUCCAGGUAAUAAGGUGGAAUGAGGCAGGCAGGCAUCAGAGAGCAUUAGUCAUUUACAGUCUUCACCCAUUAGAUUGAUGGUAAUGCUCACCCGAUUAGACUCCUCAUCACAGGGCUGUAAUAUCCAUAAUAACCCCCCAUCCUAUCCUCCAUUUACACAUUCUCACAAAAAGCAGAGGGUGUCUCUGUGAGAAUGUGGAAGGCUCUCUCCGACUCUGGGUGGCCUCGUUUAAAUGGCAAAGAGCUGUCAGUCAUUAAAGCAAGUGUCACAGGGAGAGGGAGAGGGGAGGAGAAAGGCAGUACACACACAGCGUUUCAUCAUCAGAGGUCUCAAAAAGCCACGGCGCACAAAUAUCACAUUGUGAAGUGGAUAAACGACCCAAUCACUCAGCUGGAAGCAUUUGGCCUUUUCUUUCCCUAACUGAUGCUCAUUCCCUGCUCACUCUGAAUAUUAAUGGCAGAAAUGUACCCCAGUCCAAAGGAAAAAUCAAAACUUGAAGUAAUGCAUUGAGACGUCUGUCGGCGGAGGAAAUCAGUCGAGCAGAGUCUUAAGAUCUGUGAGCAGACCAGUAUCUGUGUUGGCUUCCUUCUGGGUCAGGCUGUCUGUCUGUUCUGUCUGUCUGUCUGCAGAGGCAUGGUUCCUUUCUUUCUGCAGACAAGCUGCUUAACAAAUAUUGAUAGUCUGGGUGAAAUCGUCUAAUGAGCAGGAGUGUUCACAUCAAAGGCACUGAUAAAUAAUGUUGCUGUGUGUGUGUGUGUGUGUGUGUGUGUGUGUGUGUGUGAGCGCCCCAGGCUCCUUCCUCUCAGGCUGUUGGAUUAAGCUGCUCUGUUUGCCUCCUUCACACCACUGUCCUCUUUCAUGGCAGCUCCCAGGAGGCCUUGGGGCUGGCUGGUAAAGGCCCAACAGUGGGCAGCCAAUGCCUUACACACUGUCUGGGCAUGGUGCCAGGUGCAGCCCACGGUGUGUGUAUGCAGUGUGUGCGUGCAUCCAAGUGUGUGUGUGUGUGUGUGUGUGCGUAUUGCUUUGCAUGUGUUUGUGUACAUGCGUGCGUGUGUGUGCACCUACGUAGCCCCCAGUGUUUCCAUUCUCCCUGUUUCUGUAGAUAACAACCCCGUCUACGCCAACGCAAGCCAAGUUGGACACGCUCCCGACCCCAAUACAAUAUACCAACCACGGAGCAGGCAAACUGUAAGCGAAGGUGUUAGAGGAUGAAGCCGAAACCAGGGCUUAUUUGGGUGUGAUCUAAACAGACAUGGUGCUAGAAUGACUGCAAUUCAUUGAUUAUUGAAUGUUAUGGACACAGCUUUGUAGAACCAAAACAUACACAGCCUCUGCUCAACAAACUCGAUCUCGAGAACGAAUCGUUUAGGUGGCUGCAGUUGGCGAACGACUGUGCUUAUCACCUUGUCUGGCUACCAAGACUCCUUGCUCGGCCAAACGCUACACUACGCCCACGGACGUUAGUUUCUUCUCCGCAAUGAGAAGUGUGUAGCGAACGACAGAGCAGCGGAAUAAUUUAGUGUGAGUCUUCAACCUACUUAUCACCCUCACAGCAGUCAAGCAAUGCGUUCCGCAUAGAGUUGUUCACAAUCUAGUCCGGUUACGGCCACAACUCGUUUCAAAUGUAUCAAGAAAUAAUCUUAUUUGUAUGCCUAGCAAUCAACAAAUGUACAUUGUUUAAACACACGUUUACAAGUCUCAGUCAUAAAUGACAGCUCUAAUAAACCUCCUAUGGUAAAUGACAUGAACGAGAAGCUCGUUUUCAGUUCAUCCUUCGCCGGUAGGGGGUCCCACGUGCUCUGGGCAUUACAGACUCAAAUGAACAAAAUUAGUCGAAAGAUUAGUUUUUUGUCUGAACAAGUCCGAAAAAUCAGUCAGUAAAAAUAGCCAAACUUCCCAGCACUACUUAAUCUUUACCCACUUUUUGGAAAUAUAGCUUAUAGCUUAUAUUAUACAGUAUGGCUGCAAAAACCAACUAGGUCGCUGUUGCAAAACAGGCUUUGUUUUCAAUGUCUACCUGGCUCAAUAAAAAGACAUUUGGACAAUAGCACACCUCCUUACAUCAUACUGUUCAAUGCAAUUGUGUGGAACAGCAGAGUAUUAUUUGAUGAUAAAACCUACUUGGGCAGCAGAGACUGUGUGGGCUGACCUCAGCUGUGGAGGGAACAGAGAUCUAGCUGUCUACUCACUCCAUGACAUCUGGAUGAUACUUAAAAUCCCAGAGGUUUACAGCAGGCUCAAUGAUUGUCACAUUAUCUCUCACCUCUGCUCUGUCUAAUUCAUCCUAUGAGUGAAAAUGGGCCUCCCCCUUAUCCACACACACAAACACAGGCACUGCUGUUGGGAAAUUUGAAAGCAUGAUGAAUGAAUAUGUGGCGAAUUGCCAUAGAGCGUUGAAGUGAGCAGCCAAACUCCACACACACACCACACAGCACAACACACAACAUCACACACACAAGACGGCACACACACACCACACACACACACACCACACACACACAAACACACCCAGCACACACACACACACACAACACACACACCAACACACAAUACACCACAGCCACACACACACACACACACAAACACACACACACACACACACACACACACACACAACACACACACACACACACACACACACACACACACACACACACACACACCGUAGCCCAGUGUGUGAGUGCGUUAUCUUGGAGUCUGCUGGGCGUAGAAGGGGAGAUUAGUGUCUGUAGCCCUGCAGAUGUGUUCAGUUGCCUAAUCACACAGGCCUCCACAGUGUGUUUGCAUGUGUGUGGGUGUGCACGUGCAUGCCUAUAUGCGUGUGUGCACGUGCCAAUUUGUUUGGUGCUAAGGCAAUUCGCCAUUCAUUCAACUUGCAUUCCCACAUUCUGCACAUGUGCAAGUGUGUGUGUGUUAGGGCAUGAGGGUACUGCUGUAGUUACCCUGUCACCACAUGUUAAGUAUUGCUUCCUAUUAUAAGGGGGUGCAAAACAAUUUGCUACAUGUUGUUCCCCAUAUUGAGAACAAAUACAGACUAGAUUGCUUUGAGCGCUGGCCAUUGGAAGGUUGUGAAUACUGAUAGUGAGCGAGGAUAAUGCAUUCUGCUGGAGCUGUGUGUUUUCAGAACCACGGACAGCUUUCCUCCGGAGUGAUCCACUUCAAGCUUUCAUCUGUUCUCCUCUGGGCAUGUAGAGAGGUGUCUGAUGACUCUAUUAUCACAGCACGGCGUUGUGGAGAACAGUCCACUACAAGCUACUGCAUCAUAUGGAGAGCAGCUCUGUGUAAUAUAAGUGGACUGGACAGCCUCUCUGCAGCUAGCGCUCAUCCACUUACAAACACACACACACACACACCCUCCUCUCCUUGGCCCCUCUCCUCUGAGCUCCUCUCAGGCCGGCCUGGAAGUGUUUGCAUGCUAAGCAGGGUUCCAUAAGGCCCUAUUUGCACUGCCCAAUUUACUGGUGUCGCUUUAGAUGGGUUGGGGGAAAACCUGAGGCCAUCUCUCUCCGAUCCCCACUCUGCAGGGGUUGGAGGGAAAGGGGGGCUGGGUUGACAGAUAAACCCUGAACCCCCAUCCCCAAACACGGAUGCAUACACACGCACGCGCACACACUCUCUCUGUUUCCCUCACACACCCUCCGUAGACACAGUGAAUGGGUGCAGCUGAGCACCGCCAUACAGUAAACCCCAAGGAAGAUGGAUGGAGAGAGGGGGAGAUGAGAUGGAGGGAGUGAGAGGCUCAGUGCUUUCUGACAGGGAUGAAGGGACAGGGAGAAACGGGAUGGAUAGAGGGAGAGAGAUAGAGAGUGAGAAAGAGGGAUGAAGCGGGAGGCAGAGGGAUGGAGGACGAGGCUCAGUGCUGACAGGGAUGAAGGGAAAGGAAGAGAGAAAUGGAUGGAGAGAAAGUAGGAAAGAGGAGACGAGCAAAGUCCUGACAGGGUUUAAUUAGUCCGGAUGGCGUCCCCACUGGGAGACAUUUCUGGGGAUUGUUGUCAUUUAAAUAGAUUAAAGAGCCUUUCACAGGGCUAAGCUGCUUCCUCACACUGUUCUGCUCCCAUCCCAGCCCACUGUCUGACUGGGAUUAGGCCUGGACGGACGUCAUGUUGGGAGGGAGGGAGGGAGGGAGGAGGGAGGGUGGGGGAAAAAGGAGUGUCAUACUGGAGGAGGGAAAGUAGAGCACUGGGAAGAAUGUGAGAGACAGGAAAAAAGUGUGAAGUGUGUGUGUGUAACAGAGAUAUAUGAGUAUGCAUGUAUGUGCAUUCAUGUGUAUACUGUUCAUGUGUGCGUCUGUGUGUUUCUGUAGACUAACACCCCCCUCUCUCGCUCUCUCUCUCUCUCGCUCUCUCUCUCUCUCUCUCUCUCUCUCUCUCUCUCUCUCUCUCUCUCUCUCUCUCUCUCUCUCUCUCUCUCUCUCUCUCUCUCUCUCUCUCUCUCUGUAUGUGCAGACACAGAGGGCUGUGAACACGCAUGGAGGAAGUUCCAUGGCCACUGCUACAGGUACUUCAGCCGCAGACACACCUGGGAGGACGCAGAGAAGGACUGCAGGGAGCACAUCGGACACCUGGCCAGCAUACACACACUCCAGGAGCAGGACUUCAUCAACGGUGGGUGUCUUUCAAUCAUUACGACCUUACAGAAUAUAUAAUGAAGUGCAGUCUGAUGUUCUCGGAUCCUCAGUGGGAUGGAGAAAGAAAGAAAUGGAUGAAAAGAAAGACAGAAUCAAACCCCCAGCAUGGGAGCCACUCCCAGUCCCAGAGAGGCCAGAGCUAUACAUUCCCCCACUCCUCCCUCUUCCUCCCCUCCACAGACACAUUUACCAAAAAGUGUGUUUAAUUGCCUUGAAAAUGGACAUCUCCAUCCCGGCAAUAUAAGGAGCAAAGGCAUUAGGAAGAUUAAUGGGCCCCAUAAUUAUGUUAAUCAGAAACAUCAGGACUGAAAUUUCAUUACACCGCACUCAAAUCUCAUCAAUGCUGCACCUUCCGCAAAGAUUUGGCUGCUUCUGCCUUCUGCUAUCUGGGCUGGAAUUGGGAUAAGAUCAGAGCUGAGCCUCCCGUGUGUGUGUAUGUGUGUGUGUGUGUGUGUGUGUAACUUGGGAAUGGGUGGUGGUGCAUUGGGGACUUAACAUGUAGAAUAGGAAUGGAAAUACUGCUAAAUGGAAAAGUGUCUUUUUAAAGGAUGGGUGGUGUGUGUUUAUUUGUUUUGCCCUGUCGUUCAGGUCUGAGUCAUGACAACACCUGGAUCGGACUGAACGACAGAACAGUGGAAGAGGAUUUCCAGUGGACUGACAACAUGGACCUGGUUAGUGAGUGAGUGAGUGAGUGAGUGAGUGAGUGAGUGAGUGAGUGAGUGAGUGAGUGAGUGAGUGAGUGAGUGAGUGAGUGAGUGAGUGAGUGAGGCCCCUACGGAGGAUGUGGAUGUUAGCUAAAGGUCAGGUGGGAAGUUGAUUGAGUGAAUGUGUCAUUACCUGUUUAUAUGUACACCCUCGCUCGCUGAACCACUUUUCUUCCAACACUACUACAUCUUCCUAGAGGCAUCUCCUAUGUGCCUGAUGUUAUUUAAGAACUGUCAUUACUCUGUGUCAGUCUAUACCACUGGAGAAAGACCUGUGUUGAGACACAUCAGCUUCUUGUUCAGUAAAAGAGCACAAUGAAACAGUCUACAGUAUCUACCACUUUCUUUUUUUGUUCUGUCUGUGUUGUGUGACUGUCUGUGGCUGGGUCUGUGACUCUCUGUACCAUGUGUCGGUGUCGUGUGUCUGUGUCUGUUGCUGUGCCGUGUGUCUGUGUCUUUGACCCUGUGUGUCUGUGACUGUGCAGCAAUAUGAGAACUGGCGAGAGAACCAGCCGGACAACUUCUUUGCGGGUGGAGAGGACUGUGUGGUGAUGAUCGCCCACGAGAACGGCAAGUGGAACGACGUGCCCUGCAACUACAACCUGCCCUACGUCUGCAAGAAGGGAACAGGUGAGAGGGUAAAAGAGGAAGGGAGGGAAGGAAGGGGGGAGAGAAGCGGAGAGAAACUGAGAUUGCGAGGGGAUGAAAAGACAGUGGGGGAGAGAAUGAAAGAGAGUUGAAGAGGAGGUGAAAUUAUGCUUCCGCUGUGCUUUAAAUACUUUAAAGAAUACUUUAAAGGAUUCUGUCUGUUAGGGAGAACAUCUUAGGCCUCUUCAAUCAGUCAGUCUGGACUUGAUCAUUACAGCUCACCUCCAAGCGCAGUCAGCUCACUUGUAGCUGUGCUUUCACACCUAAGGCAGCUCCUUACAGAGAUGGUCUUACUGUCAGAUCAGGGGCUGAGAGUUCUUCAGAGCAUUUAAUCCACAAAAAAAUGAUCCUCCUUUGUGUAAAACAUUGUUGGAAAAGUUUCACACAAAGUUUUGGGGCUGUCUGGUAAAGUUUCUGUGUCACAUGAUCAGGCUUCUGUGGAUCUGCUCAGUCAUGGUGCUGUGAGACGCCAGAGAAGUGCGCAUCCUAACAUGCUCCUCUGUGGGCUUAUUAUAGCCGAUGGUCUUUCAUUUGCAUUUGGGGCAGACAGAGAGACAUGUUAUUAAUAGCCAGCCAGGUAGAUGUUUGUAGGUUGGUUGAGACGACUGGCCAGACUCCAGAGCUGUGUUUAAGGAAAUGGAGGAUCGGGUCACUGCUAGAUCCUCUUGGGUACUGAUUUAAACUAGCCUCAGGCUAUAAACAUUAUUUAGUUCAUCUGAAUGGGUCACCAAAGAGUUAGAGUUAUAAAACUUAGAGUUAGAUAAGUCUCUCAUGCCACAGAGUUAGAUAAGUCCCAUUUGCCACAGAGUUAGAUACGUCUCUCAUGCCACAGAGUUAGAUAAGUCCCAUUUGCCACAGAGUUAAAUAAGUCCCUCAUGCCACAGAGUUAGAUAAGUCCCUCAUGCCACAGAGGUAGAUAAGCCCCUCAUGCCACAGAGUUAGAUAAGUCCCUCAUGCCACAGAGUUAGAUAAGUCCCUCAUGCCACAGAGUUAGAUAAGUCCCUCAUGCCACAGAGGUAGAUAAGCCCCUCAUGCCACAGUUAGAUAAGUCCCUCAUGCCACAGAGUUAGAUAAGACCCCAUGCCACAGAGUUAGAUAAGUCCCCCAUGCCACAGAGUUAGAUAAGCACCUCAUGCCACACUAAUGUUCGGUGUCCACUGCCCUCGAGUCAGAUCAACUUUCCACUGUAUGUUAUUUCUCUCAUCAGAGGUGCAACCCAUAGCUGAUGACACACUGUCACAGGUCUAACUGAAUGCCUCCAACUGGGAAGCUGACCUUCAGUCAAUCAGUCAGUGGCAGCAUUCCAUUUUCAGCCCAACUAAACCGUAUGUUGUCUUGAUUUCUACAAGUUUAGUGCUGUUGUUCUCUUUGGGUCUGCUCAUCAGUGGACGUAUGGCGUGAUUGGCUGAUUACUGGCGUGUGGCUGACACUCAGGCCUGUCCUCUGAGAGAGAGACAGUAUCCAAUCAGUGAGACACGUCAUCUGGGUUAUUAGUGUUACCUAUAGUGCCAUGGGGAAGAGCACAGAACAGGCAGGCAUGAGCCACCCUGAUUAGGAGGAUGGGUUGUGGUGAAGGCAUCAGUCAUACACACAUACUCAAACACAGAAUAUUAUCAAAUAUUCACAUACUUAUUCACAUACAGUUCAAAAUAUUCUCAGACACACAGCCCAAGUCCAGGCCAGAGCACACUGGUCCUUUGGGGCAGUUGGGCCAUAAAUCCCAUAGAACACCUGCCACUGCCUCUACCAAUUACUAUUUUUCUCUUGCAACUCUCCUCUGGGGACAGAGAAGCAGCUCACCCUGACACCCACCCAGGACACCCUGACACCCACCCAGGACACCCUGACACCCACCCAGGACACACGCUAUCACAUACUCACAGUUCACCCCAACUCUGCUGCCUGCCUGCCUGCCUACUGUGACUUGUCAAUACAUUGGCUGAGAUUGGAGUGUGUGUGUGCGUGCGUGCGGACAUGCGUGCGUUCAUGGGUGUUGGUGAGUGAGAGAGAGUGUGUGUUUGUGUGUGUGUGUGUGUGUGUGUUGAAAAUAUGUUUGCGUGGUUGUGUGUGUGGACAUACCCAGCUCACCCCAGUCUAAUCUGCUGAAACAUGUUAUUCUCUAAGUGUAAAGCUGUAGCCCACAGGGCUCGGAGAGUGCUGGAUGGAUCCAGGCUCCAACUGUCCAGCUUUCAAAAGAACACUAAAUCAGCCUGACACACACACACACACACACACACACUCCUGCGUGCCUGCCAGGCAUCCUCAGCCCAGCCCCAGUCAGUAAGAUCUGUGUUGUGUUAUUGAGUGCCAUGCCUUGUUCUGUGUCUAUUGAUCUGUUGCCACAGCUGCACACUAGUGUUAGUAAUGUCCCUCCUAGUCUCUGUUACUGCACACUAAACACAGGGUGUGAAAACAGUGGUUUUCUGGUUGGCUGAAUAUGAGGUGUGAGAUGUUGCAGCAAUCACUAUACUGGCAGUCUAAACAAACCCUGUUAACACAAUUUAAAGAUUUUUUAAAAGUGGGGUAAUCUGAUAUGGCUAGGCAUUAUUAUGGUGUCUAAUAAUAUCAUGGCUAGGUAAUAGCCUACAGGUAAUUAAGUAGAAUGUAAGGUGCUAUGGCUGUGAGCAGUAUAUGGUUCUUGCAGCCUGCCUUUUAAUCACACCCCUGUACUGCAGCCCCAGUCCUUAGUGCUCUGUACUGCAGUGGGGCCUUUACAGCCUGGCAUUAAGCUGACUUCCUGCUUUUAGAAGGCCAGACCUCCCACUGGGCCCAUACUGCAGUCACAGACCCUGUGUGGAGACCUGGAAAAUACAUCCUUCCUUCCCUCCUUCCCUCCUUCCCUCCCUUCCUCUACUCCUUGGAGUUAGAUAGUUCUGAAUUAAUGUUAGCUAUGUAAGGGACAUCUCAUUUCCACCAUGUUCAACCAUGUUCCAGAUGAGAGGUCGGCGAUUACUUCAAGGAAGGGAAUGAAGCACUUACACUUAGUCUACAGCUGGGUUGGUGACUGUCUGUUGGUUAGAAACUCACUGAGGAGGGCUUUAGGUUUCAACUGUAGGGCUGACAUCUAGGGGAAUGACAGAGGAACUGCACCAUCACCGCAUGUCACCCCUCUUCAUCCCUCGUCUCUCACUCGCCCUCCCUCUAAUCCAGGGCAAUGAGAAGUAAGCGUGGGUACAUUCCUGACACCUGUCACACACUGUGGCCCCUGAGGGCCCAAUCCCCUCUGAAAGGUCGGGGUAGGGCAAAGUUACCCCUGGACACUGAUCUAAAGUCAGUUUGGCAUUUUCCUCCCAGAUAGUGAAGAUUAGGUUUGGUGGAGGGGAAGCUGAUCCUAGAUCUGUGCCUAUGGGGAACAGCCAGAGCUGAAAGGUCAGUGAGUCAGUGUGAUGUCUCACUGGGCUAAGAGCCCUGUAGGGUCUGUCUGGUGUCUCAACCUCUUUGCCUGUCUGUCUGUCCCCACUCCUCACAUCAACACAACGCUCUAGGAGAUGACAACAGCCCACGCAAACAGACUAGUACACACGCACACACACACAUGACUCAUCUCUUUUGGUUUCCCUUGAACUUUACAUGUGUGUGUUGUGUGCCGUUGAUAGUUUUGAAGAGUGGAGGGGAAUGUUCUUUAAAGCAGGGCUCUACAACCGUCUCUUGCCCAGGGACAAGGGCAAAAACAGUAAGGGGAAAGACUGGGUGAUGACUGAUGACUGUGAAUGGUGAUAGACAUAUUAGGACCGCAUUGUUAUAAUGUACCACUCAUCCAUUGCUGGAUUUCCAUUUCUCGCUCUCUUUCUCCAUUUGGCAGUGCUGUGUGGGAACCCUCCCACCGUGGAGAACGCCUUUCUGAUUGGUCGUAAGCGGUCCCACUAUGACAUCCACUCAGUGGUGCGUUACCAGUGUGCCGACGGGUUCCUCCAACGCCACAUCCCCACGGCCAAGUGUCGUGCCAACGGCAAGUGGGAGCGGCCCAAGAUCAUCUGCACAAAGUGUGAGUGA